AAAAUUAAGAAAAUCAAUUCCCAAUGAUAUCUUGUCACGACAACAUUCAUACGCAUUACCAACUCUCCCCACAAUAAUGGCAAAUUAGAACCCAAAAGCAAUGGACGGUUCCGAAUCCUUGGGACAAGAUUUAUUAUUAUUAAAAUAAAAUAUCCCCAAAAUUCUCCACACAAAAUUCAGAGAGAAUCACGUUACCGUCGAUCUAUCACUCAAUACCAGCCACCAAUUUUGCCCAAGAUAUUUAAUUUAAUUUUAAACUACUUUUUUUCAUUUAUUUUCCCGAAUUGCCCCUCACCAUAUCCUCAAUUUUGUUGUCAACCGAAGCGAAUGCACUGGAAAGUCAUGGGCAAAUCGGACCUCGAUGUCCUAUCAAAUAUCAGAGAUCCACAAAAAGCACUCCACAGCUCACAGUUCACUCUUCCUCCCUUCAUUUCAGUGUGAGCCUCACUAAAUUAUCUGACCAGAACAAAAAUGGCUACUGCGGCCAUGGGAGCUCUCAAAGUGCCACCUUCCUCGUCGGCUUCUCCUCCUUCCUGCUCCACCAAUGCCGGCAGGAAAUCGGAGGCAAGGAGCUUGGGGUUCUCGUCGUCGAAACUCUCCGGGGAGAAGUUUUCCUCCAGGGCAUUGUCCGCUAGACGGUCUGGGAAGAGCGGCCGGAAUGCGAGGACUCCGCUGAUCGUUUCUCCGAAGGCUGUUUCGGAUUCCAGGAACUCUCAGACCUGUCUUGAUCCUGAUGCGAGUAGGAGUGUUCUAGGUAUUAUCUUGGGAGGUGGGGCUGGAACCAGGCUUUACCCACUGACCAAGAAGAGGGCAAAGCCUGCUGUCCCUCUAGGAGCUAAUUACAGGCUGAUCGAUAUCCCUGUCAGCAAUUGCUUGAACAGCAACAUUUCGAAGAUUUAUGUUCUUACCCAGUUCAACUCCGCAUCCCUGAAUCGUCACCUCUCGCGGGCUUAUGCGAGCAACAUGGGUGGCUACAAGAAUGAAGGGUUUGUCGAAGUUCUCGCAGCUCAGCAGAGCCCAGAGAAUCCCAACUGGUUCCAGGGGACAGCUGAUGCUGUAAGGCAGUACUUGUGGUUGUUUGAGGAGCAUAAUGUGUUGGAGUAUUUGGUUCUUGCUGGGGAUCAUCUUUAUCGAAUGGACUAUGAGAAAUUUAUUCAGGCUCAUAGGGAAACUGAUGCAGACAUUACUGUUGCUGCAUUGCCGAUGGAUGAGAAGCGUGCUACUGCAUUUGGUUUGAUGAAGAUCAAUGAAGAAGGUCGGAUUAUAGAGUUUGCCGAGAAACCCAAAGGAGAUCAGCUUAAAGCUAUGAAGGUUGAUACAACUAUCUUGGGUCUGGAUGAUCAAAGAGCAAAAGAAAUGCCCUACAUUGCUAGCAUGGGUAUAUAUGUUGUCAGCAAACAUGUGAUGCUAGAGCUACUCAGGGAUAAGUUUCCUGGUGCCAAUGAUUUUGGCAGUGAAGUAAUUCCUGGAGCUACAUCCAUUGGCAUGAGAGUGCAAGCUUACCUUUAUGAUGGAUAUUGGGAAGAUAUUGGUACAAUGGAGGCUUUCUACAAUGCGAAUCUUGGAAUAACAAAGAAACCAAUUCCAGAUUUCAGCUUCUAUGAUCGGUCUUCUCCUAUCUAUACACAACCUCGGUACUUACCUCCAUCCAAGAUGCUCGAUGCUGAUGUCACAGACAGUGUCAUUGGGGAAGGAUGUGUCAUUAAGAACUGCAAAAUUCAUCAUUCCGUUGUUGGGCUCCGAUCCUGCAUCUCAGAAGGUGCAAUCAUUGAGGAUACAUUGCUGAUGGGAGCGGACUACUAUGAGACUGACGCGGACAGGAGGUUCUUGGCUGCCAAGGGCAGCGUUCCUAUUGGCAUAGGCAAAAACUCCCACAUCAGGAGAGCAAUCAUCGACAAGAACGCUAGAAUUGGUGACAAUGUCAAGAUCCUUAAUAGUGACAAUGUACAAGAAGCAGCAAGGGAAACUGAUGGCUACUUCAUUAAGAGCGGGAUUGUGACUGUAAUCAAGGAUGCUUUGAUUCCCAGUGGAACCGUGAUUUAAGAAGAAGCGAAGUGUUUUCUUCAUAUAAGUACGGCUUCUAGCGGUUAGGGAGCAAGAUGGUAAAAAAAAAAAAAAAAGUUGAGUUGUUUAGCCUCUUUUUAAUCAUUUGUGCUGCAUGAUAGUAUGUGUUUCUUCUCUCAUGGCUUGGGGCUGGGUUGUAUAGUUAACAACAUUGUCAAGUAUGGUGGCAGCCAGAGGGAGCGAGAGCACUCAAUAAAUCCAAAAAGAAAAGAAAAUCGUCAUGCUGUAAAGGGUUUUUAUUCUUAGCAGUAAUUUUCAAUUUUUAUCACUAUGCAGAAAGAGCAAGCAGAGAGUAAUGUAGCUUCAUUCUCCUUGUGUACUCUCCUUGCCAUUCCAAUUUCCAACCUUGUUACUAACAUUUUCAUGUUAAUAGUUAAAUAUCGAUAUCGUGACCGAACACGCUUAUAUAUGUUACGUAUUAUGUCGCGAUGGAGGAUUUACUUGAGGAGAAGAUCGAAGUUGUUGAUAGUUCACCUAUGCCACAUCAGCUUUGAAUUAUUAUUAUGCUUCCAUGUCAGCAACAAACAUAUAUUAUUAAACAAUUCUUUUUCCCCCUUCAAAAUCAAUAAAAUGUAGCAACGGUAAAAGCAAAAAAAUGGUAUAUAAACAAUCAUAUCUCCAUAGUGCUCUUUCCCAUUGUUGGGGAAAAAUAUCACCAUCUCAUCAACGGGCAACGCUACCGGCGCCAUAAAAAUAGCGUCUCCCCACCCAAAAUCAGUGGUGCAAAAGGGAAUCCGUGACCAGGUUGUCGCAAGCAUAGUAUGUGCAAAAGAAUGCACAUUUCUAUGCAGCUCAUGACAAUCAAUCGAAGAUCUAACACUAGCAUCUGUAACCAUCUUGAUUGCAUCUUGAACCAACCCCACUGUUGUUGAAAAAGACUCGUUGUUCAAGUCCUUAGCUUUGCUGAUGGUGCAAGCCACUGCAAUUCCAUUCCCCAAGUGCCCUUUAGGCAAUGGCGGAUCCAUUUUCUCCCUCACAUUCACAGGUACCAUGAGUUUGGUUUCCUGAUCGGCAACCAUGUUCAACGCCUUGCUUCGAGCUAUCCAAAUGAAAGCUGUAAGGCAUU